AUGUGGUUAGCAGUGGUGUUAGGAGUUGUGCCACUAGUAGGGUGGCUAUUUUGGUGGUGGAACGAUAUCUGGUAUGGGUUUGCCACCGCAAGUUUACGAUCAUCCCAAGGAGGCACCAAGCUACUACCCGGCUACAUGGGUCUUCCAAUCAUCGGAGAAAUGUUCACGUUUCUAUGGUACUUCAAGAUACUUAGGCGCCCCGAUGAUUACAUCAAUUUCAAGCGACAGAAGUAUGGCGAUGGGGUAGGAAUGUAUAAAACGCAUUUAUUCGGUAGACCAUCCAUAAUUGUAUUUUCACCUACAGCCACCAAAUAUGUAUUUCGGGCUGAGGAAAGCUUCGUAUUGGAAUGGCCAAAUGUCGAGAUUGUUGGCAGGAGUGCCUUAGUUGCAGUUCAUGGAAAAACACAUGCUAGACUCCGAAGCUUUGUUUCAAGAAGCAUUAACCAACCAGAAGCUCUUCGUCAGAUUGCUGAAAUUGUGCAACCACGAAUGAUUUCUUCCCUUAAAUCAUGGGCCGAAAGUGGUAACAUUAACUCCUAUAAAGAAAUCAAGAAGGUUACAUUUGCCAAUAUUGGUAUGUUUUUUGCGAGUUUUGAGCCAGGUCCUACCCUGGAUGCUCUUGGCCAAGCCUUUAUUGGAUUGAUUAGUGGAGUUAGAUCUUACCCGUUGAAUAUACCAGGAUUUGCUUAUCAUCAUGCUCUUAAGUGUCGGAAAACAUCUGUCGCCCUAUUUAGGGAAGAAUUGGAGAAAAGGAGGAAGAACAUUGAAGAUGGAAGUGCAAAACCUAUGAACGACCUAAUGGAUGGUUUUAUGAAGUUGAAAGAUGAAGAUGGGAGCCAAUUGAGCGACAUUGAGAUUCUUGAUAAUAUCAUUAGCGUUCUUGUUGCUGGAUAUGAGUCAACUACUCUUGCAUCCAUGUGGGCUGUUUAUUAUCUUGCUAAGUACCCAAAGGUUCUACAAAAGCUUCGGGAAGAAAACAUGUCUCUCAAAAAGGUCAAGAACGAAGAACUUGUUACAAGUGAUGAGAUUCUAAAGAUGAAAUACACCAUGAAAGUUGUGGAUGAAACAAUCAGAUUGGCAAAUAUUGCAGCAAUCGUAUUUCGCACAACUAGCCAGGAUGUUAACUAUAAAGGAUAUACUAUACCGAAAGGAUGGAAUGUAAUGCUAUGGAUUAGGUAUCUCCACACACAUCCUGACAACUUCAACGAUCCAAUGUGUUUCAACCCUGAUAGAUGGGAUGCAUUAAUGGCGUCUGGAACAUACCAAGUGUUUGGUGGUGGAUCAAGAAUUUGUGCAGGAAAUAUGCUCGCUCGUUUACAACUUGCCAUCUUUCUACAUCAUUUGUCCACGGGAUACAAGUGGGCAUUGGUGAAUCCUGAAGCAAAGGUGAUAUAUCUCUCACAUCCCAAACCCGAAGAUGGUGUUGAAAUCGCCAUUCAAAAACUUUGAAUUGUGAUCUAUAAUAUUUACAGCUAGAUUUUACAACUUGUAACAAAUAUCUUUUGAAACGUUGUAUCGGCACUAAUAAAUGUCGUUUCCUUUAUUUUAACCUCCUAAUGACAACAUAAUAUUUC